CCUACCAAAUUAAGUCUUUAAAUUCACGAAAUGCUACUUUUCUCGGAGUAUAAAGAGCGUUAGCGAAAGUAUGAAGGACUCCGUGUUGUGGUACAAUCACAACUUCAGCUGGAAUGUGGCUAAGACCUUUGAAAUCUCCUGUAAGAAUCCCGCCCCCAUUGGCAAAGCAGGGACAUGCUCAGCAAGCCAGGCUGAAAAUGAACCAAGACUAGCAUAAAAACAAACUACGGUUCGUUUUGAUAUGUACACUUUACAUCACUUCCUGUUGGAAGUGUGGCGGGCGAUUUGAAUGAAAUAGUUUCCGCUUUUAGGUUAAUGGUGGUGUAUUUUUAUACAUGUCUGUAUUAAAAAAGUAAAACACUGCAGCUAUUCGUACGUGACAUAAUUAAUGUACUGUUGCUCGUGGCGGCUGCCAGCAAGUUUUCUAAUGCCGUUCGUGUAUGUUGUGCUAAUUCUAUCCUAAUUAAAUGGGAAUCGGAUUGUCUGAAUUGUCCUGUAUUUCUAUACAAAGCUCUAAGACGUUCUAACUGUCCUUUGUAUGACAAGGUGUCUUCUAAAUUAGCGAAACAUGUCUGCAAAGAAAAGGACUGGAUCGACAGGGCGAGACUGCCGAAAAAGCAAUAGCAGGCAAUCGGACAGUUUCAGCACCUGUUAAGAAAUCAAUCACACUAAAGAAAAUUGUCCCUCGAAAGACUAUGCUGUGUACAAAUUCAGAAAAAGAAAAUGCAGAAGGGAUAGCCUCUCAUUCAUUGAGUGCACGGAACAGUGACAGCUCAGCUCCCUGCCCACCGAAUUCAACUCUGAAAUCUCAAAUUUCAAGCCCAGAAGCAGUGGAAAAGGCUGUUUUGUCUCCAGUCCUUAACACUAGCAACUUGGAACAGCCUGAUAACAGAGACCACAUUAUGUCAAAGAAGGUGCGCAGGUCAUACACUCGUCUGGAGAUGUCGCUUGUCCGCAGCCCACUAAGCUACAGGGGUUCAUUUUCCCAGAAUGAUGCAUCUGAUUCUUCUACUCCUAAUAACUCCCAUUACAGAAGACUGUCUUUGUUUGGUUUUGAGAAGUUGUUGACACCUGAAGUAUUGGAUGAAGAUACUCCUGUGAAAUCUGUGAAAUCUAAUGCCAUAGAAGAGAGGCAAUCUGGGACAGGACAGGAAUAUUUGUCAGAUUCUUUGCCAAAAGAUGUGGAUGGGUGCAUUCCAGGAGUUGUUGUUGCAAAAGAGAAGAAAAAGAAACGAAAGGUUCUCCAGAUUGCUAUGUCCGACUUGGAUGAGUGGGCUGCCCAGAUGAAUGCCCAGUUUGAAGAAGCAGAAAAAUUUAGCCUAAUUGUGGAGUAAUGGACUUAUUUUUGAUGGUCAAGAAGUUCACACACCUGGAAAUCAUACUACUGGUUUAAACAUUGUAAAUAACUGUUAGUGAAAAUGUAAAUUGUUUUCUUGUAUUGUUUUAUCUAUUCCAUUUUAUUUAAGUGAAUUAAGUAAAAUAAGAGUUGUGUUGAAGUUCAAUUAUGCAAAUUUAAACAAUUUGGAACCUGGUUUAUAGGAAGAUCAGAUAUGACCAACCAGGAUGUUUUUAAUUUGUAUUUAUUUUUGUUUCAGCAAAAAGGAUCUUUGUUUAUUUGCGCCAGUUCUCUACUACCCUCUGCUUUCAGUUCACAUUUGCUUCUCCAUUUUUGUAGGAAAUCUGGAAAAAUUUUGUUUGCUAACGGCACAUGCAUGUAGAUGAGAGAGGCUUAUGUACCACUAGCUUGGAUAAAUAUUUUACUUAAACAUGUACAAAUGUUGCAUCAUUUGUUUUUCUUUUUCAUUUAUUUCAGGAAAGGUUAGUUAUUUCUACAAACAUAAGUUUAAUUUGAACAUUUAUAGCUGAGUUUUGUAGAUGUACUCUGGGUUUAUGAGAAAGCGUUAUCCAGUGAUGACUACUUUCAGAAGGGUUAUCCAUUAUCUACUUUCUUAGUGUAUAAAGCAGCUAUAGGUGUUCCCACCAAGAUUUGAAAAGUAGACAUAGAAAUGGGUAGCAGAAGAAAGUAAUUACUUCUUCAGACUUGCUUAAGACCCUGUUGUAUAUGUAUUUUUUUGUAGUGCAAGUGAAAUUUGUGCUUGCCACUUGCAAGUCUGCGCCUUAUUAAACCUAUACAUGUAUAGCUCCACAUAGAGUGGAAGCUGUCCUAUCUGUCCCAGCUAUGUCAAAAAGCUUUCACUACUACAGCCAAUGCCUGUCCUUAUCUAUAUUAAUUGCAAUGUCAUAUUCUUAGCAAAAGUAGCAAAAUUACUUCUCAUCCCGUUUAUAAUAAAUGGUAAAUUAUUUGUUCUCUUGGUACUAACCAGUUUUCAAAUGACAUUUGUUUGUAAUUGGUCAUUCUCAUACUGGUUGCAGCCACUGUCUUUGAAAAAUGUAUGCUAACUUGGUGAUUUCAUCUUGUGUGCAGUUGAGAUUUAUGUUUUUUGUUCAUCAUGCUGUGUGAGUUUUGUGUGAUUUGGGUAAACGCAGUGACUGAGGAGAGUAGUUGCAUCUCUCCUUUUUAAGACAUUCCACAGACAGCUACAACUUCAGAUACAAUUAUAUGUUUAAUAUUGUAUUGUACUUUAUGAAGUAUAGUCUGAUUUAUUACUUAGCUAAAUAUGAAGUGUCCUACUCCUUGAAGAUGUUUUUUUCUCCAGUGGCUUAAUCGGAGGAAAUUAUAGGAAGUGUUGCUGGAAGAAUUUGAUUGUCAAGUGGCUCAUGUUCACAGGAAAAAAAAAAUAACAUCUAUUUACACCUUGCAAACCACUGAUUAACCUUUGUGUUUGUUAUUCCUUCCUGUUACCAGAUCUUUGUGGAGUCUUCUGCACAGUGAUAUUCAGGUUUUGCAUUUGUCAGCUUUACAUUUUCCAAAAUGUAGACAUCAUAUCCAUGGGGCUAUUUUCAGCAUUGCAGAAAAUUGUGAGAAAUAUGAUAACUAGGCAGACAUUCAGUCAUCCUCAUUCUUCAACCUAUUAAUCCUUGUAUCUCUUCAGAAAUUAAAGAAAAGCACAAUAUCCUGUUCAUAUUUUUUAGUUGUCAGUAAAUUUACAACUGGUCUAUCA